AUGGUUAAGAAUGUAGAUCGUCAGGCUUGUGCUCUAUUACCAGUCGUGAUGGUCCACGCGAGAUCAAAAUCGUUAAAGUUAAAUGAUGACGACUGUACAAAAUUUGGUGCUAUGUUUGAUAUAUUAACUGAUCGUUGUUCGACAAUGUGUUUAUGUUUUAUAUUGGCUAUGUUUUAUCCAAAAUGGAGAUUAUUUUUCCAAUUAUGGGCUGCCAUUGAUGUUGCAAGUCAUUGGCUUCAUUUACAUGUGGCAACGAUGAAGGGCGAAGCUCACAAAACGAUCAAUCUUUCGGGAAAUCCCGUUCUUCGUCUUUAUUAUACAUCAGGAAAAGUUCUUUUCAUCAUGUGUGCUGGCAAUGAACUUUGGUUUUCAGUGCUAUACAUGUUACAUUUUACCGAAGGCUCAUCAUUAAUUGAUGUUGAUAACUAUGCUGCUGGUUUAUUUCGUGCAAUAUUAUAUUUGACGACACCCAUUAUGAUUGGUAAACAGAACAUCAGUUUUAUACAUUUAUAUACAGCAUCAUUAAAUAUGGCCGCAAUCGACGAAGAUGAACGAGCAAAAGCGAAGUUAAAAUAG